AUGACUGCCCCGAUUGUGAUGACCGCUGGAGCGAGGCAGAAGAAUUUGAAAGGAUCAAGUCUGAACCUAGUCCCAACUGGAACCUACUUGACCCCAACGACGCAGUUCCGGAAGAGGUCUGGGCAGAUAUUGUUCCCGGCGAGCCAGGACGGUCUCAAAGACAUCUUGCGUGCUAUUAAUCUUAUCAAGGAGUAG